ACUCCCCUCAGGCAGUGCCCAGUAAAGUCCGCAGCCUCUCUCCCACCUGUCACAGGCCCCAGAGCUCCAGCAGCUGCCCGGAUUCCACGCUCAUUAUCCCGCAGCAACUGCGCUGAUCCCAUGGCUGAGUACCACAAGCCCGACCAGCAGACCCUCCAGUCUCUGAGGGACACGGCCAAUCGGCUGCGAGUUCUCUCCAUCAAUUCCACCACAGCGGCGGGAUCUGGGCACCCGACAUCAUGUUGCAGCGCAGCAGAGAUCAUGUCCGUUCUGUUUUUCCAUUCCAUGAAGUACAAACCCCAGGACCCCCGGAACCCCAACAACGAUCGCUUUGUCAUGUCCAAGGGUCACGCCGCCCCCAUUCUCUAUGCCGCUUGGGCUGAAGCCGGGUUUGUGCAGGAAUCAGAGCUGCUGAAUUUAAGGAAACUGGACUCCAUUCUGGAAGGACACCCUGUGCCUAAACAAGAGUUUGUGGACGUGGCUACGGGGUCGUUGGGGCAGGGGCUGGGCGCAGCCUGCGGGAUGGCAUACACCGGCAAAUUCUUUGACAAAGCCAGUUACCGGGUGUUCUGCCUCCUCGGGGACGGAGAGGUCUCAGAAGGGUCAGUGUGGGAGGCGAUGGCCUUUGCCGGAUUUUACAAGCUCGACAAUCUGGUCGCCAUCUUUGAUGUCAACCGUCUUGGACAGAGCGAGCCGGCGCCUCUCCAGCACAAAGUCGAAGUCUAUCAGAAACGCUGCGAAGCCUUCGGGUGGCACAGUCUUGUGGUGGAUGGACACAGUGUAGAAGAGUUGUGCAAGGCUUUGUGCCAUGUCAAGAACCAGCCAACUGCCAUCAUUGCCAAGACGUUCAAGGGCAAAGGGAUUUCAGGGGUGGAGGAUAAAGAGAACUGGCAUGGGAAGCCCCUCCCCAAAGAAUUGGCGGAGAAGUCCAUUAAAGAGAUUGAAGGAAAGAUCCAGAGCAAGAAGAAGCUUUCCCCCACCCUCCCCGUGGAAGAUGCCCCAGUCAUAAGCAUCAAAAACAUCAAGAUGCCCUCGCCCCCAGGCUACAAGUUGGGGGAGAAGAUCGCAACCCGCAAAGCUUACGGUCAGGCCCUGGCCAAGUUGGGCCACGCCAGCGACCGAGUCAUCGCUCUGGACGGGGACACGAAAAACUCCACUUUUGCUGAGCUGUUCAAGAAAGAGCAUCCGGGUCGAUACAUCGAAUGUUACAUCGCCGAACAGAACAUGGUCAGCGUUGCUAUUGGCUGUGCCACACGGGACCGCACGGUGGCCUUUGCCAGCGCCUUUGCCACGUUCUUCACCAGAGCCUUCGACCAGAUCCGUAUGGCGGCCAUAUCUGAGAGCAACAUCAACCUGUGCGGCUCACACUGCGGCGUCUCUAUAGGGGAGGACGGAGCCUCUCAGAUGGCUCUGGAAGACUUGGCCAUGUUCCGGGCGGUUCCCACCGCAACCGUGUUUUACCCAAGUGACGCCGUAUCUACAGAGAAAGCGGUGGAAUUGGCGGCAAACACAAAGGGGAUUUGUUUCAUAAGAACGAGCCGCCCAGAGAAUGCCGUUAUCUACAGCAGCACCGAGGGAUUCAACAUUGGUCAGGCCAAGGUGGUGUUGCAGAAUAAAGAUGAUCAGGUGACAGUUAUCGGAGCGGGUGUGACAUUGCACGAGGCCCUCGCAGCAGCUGAGCAGCUUAAGAAAGAGAAAAUCCACAUCCGGGUCAUCGACCCUUUUACCAUCAAACCCCUGGACAAGCAGACGAUUGUUGAAAAUGCCAAAGCCACCAAUGGGCGGAUAAUAACCGUGGAGGAUCAUUACCACGAAGGUGGAAUUGGGGAAGCGGUUGCUGCUGCGGUGGUCGGGGUCCCCGGGAUUUGCCUGAAAUCCUUGGCUGUGUCCCACGUCCCCCGGAGCGGCAAACCCGCCGAGCUUCUCCGAAUGUUUGAAAUCGACACGGAGGCCAUUGUGGCGGCUGUGAAAGGGUUGGUGUCUCCUGCGAAGAACGCAAAGUAAUUCCUUAACAUUCCCUGUGCCGCCAUCUUUAAUUACCCAACGCUUCUAUAAUCACAUUUAUUUUGUAUUGCAAUUAAAGCUCUGAGAACACA